AUGUCCUUCUCAGCCCAGUACAAGCCUCGGCCGUCCACCGACAUCUUCACCAAUGAUACCGACAUCAACCGUCGAAACUGCCGGCGCAUCGUUCCCAUGAGAGUCCUCAUCCUCGGACUCGGGCGUACCGGAACUGCUUCCAUGCGUACCGCCAUGAAGAGACUCGGCUACGUUGACACGUACCACAUGAUGAAUUGCUCCAUCGAGAAUCCCACUGAUGCCCUCAUGUGGAUGGACGCCUUGACAGCCAAGUACGACGGCAAGGGCCCCAAAUUUACCCGCGCAGAGUGGGAUCAGCUCCUCGGUCACUGCCAGGCCGUCUGCGACUGGCCCAGCAUUGCAUUUGCCAAGGAGCUCAUUGAGGCCUACCCCGAGGCUAAGGUUGUUCUCACCAACCGCGACGUGCACUCAUGGCACGCCUCGACCAUGAAGACGGUCUACUGGCGCGUCACCGAUCCUCACCUGCGCUGGCUCUCAUACUUUGACUGGGCCGCUGGCCAGUACUACCCCAUGCUCAAAAAGUUCUUUGACACCUUUUUCGAGGGUGACUUUCCCAACCGUGGCAAGGCCAUCUUCGAGAGCCACUACGCCGAGAUUCGCAGCCUCGUCCCCAAAGAGAAACUUCUCGAGUACCACGUCACUGACGGCUGGGAGCCCCUCUGCAAAUUCCUCGACAUGCCAGUGCCCAAGGAGGUGGCGUUUCCCAACGUCAAUGACAAUGUGAACUUCGUUGCCCGCUCCAAGGCGCGUAACUGGGCUCAGACGUACAAUGUUAUGGUCCGCUGUUUAAUCUGGCUGGUCCUAGGUCUCGUCGCGUCUUUCGCCGUCUUUCGUCUUUUCGUGUCUUAG